GUCCGCCAGGUCUUGUGACUUCGCUGCCUGCCACCAACAUGAGCGCUCCGCUGAAGUUGACACUAUUAUUGCUGGCUCUUGCAUUUGCCCAGGGGCUCCUGUACAACGACAUCGACGAAGAAAAGCCCGAGGCAGAGCGCGUCGCUGAGGCCUCAAAAUACGGCUCUCUGUGGCCUCUGCCGCAGAAAGUGCAAAUCUCAGAUGUUUCAUUCAAGUUGACCAGCUUCAGCUUCAAAAUAGUUGACGCCAAAGAGUCGUCCGCUGGACCGAGCUGCAGCCUCCUGCAGGAUGCGUACAGGAGGUAUUAUGAGUACAUGUUUGGCACCGCAAAAAGGCAGAUGAUGAGUAAAAGCAGGCGAACAGGACCCUUUGAGCUGACAGAGCUUCAGGUGUUGAUCACAUCACCUGACUCUGAAUGUGACGGCUAUCCAAGUGUGUCUUCUGACGAGUCAUAUGAGCUGUCAGUGGAUCAGCCGUUUGCUGUCCUGAAAGCACCGAAGGUCUGGGGAGCCCUGCAUGGUCUGGAAACUUUCAGCCAGUUGGUGUAUGAAGAUGAAUAUGGAGCUAAAAGCAUCAAUUCAACCACAAUCAGUGACUUCCCCAGAUUCUCACAUAGAGGCAUCUUACUGGACAGCUCUCGGCAUUUCCUGCCCAUUAAAGUCAUCCUGGCUAAUCUGGAAACGAUGGCGAUGAACAAAUUUAAUGUUUUCCACUGGCACAUCGUGGAUGAUCAGUCCUUCCCGUACCUGAGCCGAACGUUCCCACAGCUGAGCCAGCAGGGAGCUUACCACCCUUACACACAUGUGUAUACACCCGCUGACGUGAAGAUGGUGAUUGAGUUUGGCCGCCUGCGAGGUAUUCGUGUUAUCCCGGAGUUUGACACUCCAGGACACACACAGUCAUGGGGCAAAGGUCAGCCAGAUCUGCUCACGCCUUGUUACUCUGGCUCCAAACCCUCUGGCACUUUUGGACCGGUGAACCCCAUCCUGAACACCACGUACGACUUCAUGACCCAGUUCUUCAAGGAGAUCAGCACCGUGUUCCCUGAUGCCUACGUUCACCUGGGAGGUGACGAGGUGGACUUCACCUGCUGGAAGUCCAACCCAGACAUUCAGAAGUUCAUGGAUCAGCAAGGCUUCGGACAAGACUACAGCAAACUGGAAUCAUUCUAUAUCCAAAAACUCUUGGAUAUCGUCACCACUACCAAGAAGGGCUACAUGAUCUGGCAGGAGGUCUUUGACAAUGGAGUGAAGUUAAAGCCAGACACAGUAGUGCAUGUGUGGAUCGGCGGCGGGGCUAAUGAUGAGCUGGCCAAGGUCACGGCAUCAGGGUACACCACCAUCCUCUCCGCCCCAUGGUACCUAGAUUACAUUAGCUACGCACAGGACUGGCAGAAGUACUACAAGGUUGAGCCGCUCAACUUCAACGGAACUGAAGAACAAAAGAAGCUUGUGAUUGGUGGAGAAGCCUGUUUGUGGGGAGAGUAUGUCGACGCCACUAACCUGACCCCCAGGCUCUGGCCUCGUGCCAGUGCUGUGGCAGAGCGGCUGUGGAGCGACAAGGAUGUGACGGACAUCAACGAUGCCUUCAACAGACUGUCUGUGCACCGCUGUCGCAUGGUGGAGCGUGGGAUCCCAGCUGAGCCCCUGUUUUCAAGCUACUGUCCCCGUGAGUACAGAGGUAUCUGAAAGCAACCAAAAGGCAGGCCAUGGAAACGGGAAAAGGGAAAUGGAAAUUAAUCCAUGUACAAUCAACUCCAUGCUUGUAUUUUACACUAUGAUCGAAUGCUGAACUGCCUUCACUGUACUGAUGCUCUUAGACACAUCACCCUUUUUAAAUCUGUUUUAGAAAACUCUUAAUCACAUUUACUGUCAAACAUCUGCGAUUUAUGAAUGCACAAUUUGUUUUUUAUGAAUGUUUGUAUAAUUGAUUGUGAAUAAAAUGUUGACAAUU